CUGCCCUGCUAUGCGAGUAGCUGGCACUGCAGAGUGGCACCUGCGGCUGCGGCUGCGGCCACGGCUACGCGCCUGUAGUGCCAGUGUGCUCUGUGUUUUUGUGGCUUGAUUAAUGGGGCCUGAGCCCAGGGAGCCACAGGAGCCCACUGAUCAUGAUGGCCCAUGGCUGCAGUGCAGUGGCUUUCCCCGUCAAGCUCAUCAUGCAGUGAUGCCAGUGUCCUUUUUGGUUCCGGCGCCAGGCAGAGGUUCCAUUCUCGUGCGCACUUUCCGUCGUCCACCCUGCAGUGCCAGUGUUGCUCCUCCUCCACCACCACCAUCCGACACCUUUCAAGUUCGCACCCACCAGCCGCCUCGUCUUUUAGCCUCUCUCUUUCUAUUCUCCCUUUUACUUGCGGCCUUUUUUUCGCCUGUAUCGCGUGUCUAAGAUAUUCGUGUCAAGCACAAUUAACUCUCCGCUUCUGUACGAGGGACCACUUGCUGUUGGAUACAAGGCCGUGGUCUCCGUUACCCGGCUUGUUAUGAGCUUGUGCCCAUUUUUCUCCCCUUACCACUAGCGGGCUCCAGCCUGGCCAGCCGGUCAAAACGGUACCUGCGCCGGUCGCAACAACUCCUCUCUUCGACCUCUGUCCAUCAGCUCAUCAAUCCAUCCCACGACCGUUUUCGCCCGUUCCCGGGCAUAACUUUCCCCUUUUCCAUCUUCCUCACUGAGUGCGCCCAUCAUGUUCAAUGCAACUCAGCAUCGCGGGAACCCCAACAUGGGACCCGCUCCUCCUGGACAGCCAAACCAUCGUCUGAACGAGAUCAUGGACUCUCUCCGGGCCGAAUUUGAGAACCAAAGUCGCGCCUCGGAGCAAGUGGAGAACCAAGUCGCUCAACAAAUUCAAGAGAUGGAGUUGAUUCGUAACAAGGUCUAUCAACUCGAACAGAAUCAACUGAAGAUGAAGCAAGAAUAUGAGGCUGAGAUUCGAAUGCUGCGCCAUGAACUGGAGUUGCGUGGCGGCCCCCAGGUUCAGUCCCAUCUUACAGGUCCUCCCCAGCACGGGGGCCCUGCGCAAGCUCCUCCGUCUCUGGGCCAUGGCCAAGGUGGUCUGUUUAGUGGAAUCAUGGCAAACCAAGGUCAAGGCGGUCCAGGACUCGCUCCUCCCCCAGAGCAGCCUCCUCAACAGCAACAACAUCCUCUACAGCCACCGCCGGCAGCCGGACAACCCCAAGGCCCACCGCAGCCGCCGAACUCGUUCCCUGGUUAUCAGCAGGGCCCGACCUUGAACGGCUACGCACCUCAGCCACAGCCUCCUACAAACUCACCUGGUUUGGGUAAGAACCGGACCAUGGCAGCUAGAGGCGGUCCUGGGCCGGCGACCCCUCAACAACACCCUAACCAGCCACAACCCAUGCCGUACCAGAAUGAUCCGCGGGCGUCACCCCAGAUUCCCCGACCUGUCCCUCCCGGAGGUGAUAUGCAACAUGGUCACCGCCAUCAAAUGCCUGGUCUUCCUAACGUCGGCAACGUUCUGGCCGAUCUCAACCCGGAUGAUCUCCCAGAGCAUCUCAAGCGGACUGGUCCCAACGGGGAAUGGCAUGCGGUCUUCAACCCCAAUGUGCCUCGGACACUUGAUAUUCAGCUUCUCCACAAUCUUGUCCACGAGUCGGUGGUCUGCUGUGUCCGCUUCUCCAACGAUGGCAAAUACGUGGCUACUGGUUGCAACCGUAGUGCUCAGAUCUUUGAUGCCCGGGACGGACGCAAGGUCUGUGAAUUGUUGGAUGAGAGCGUCCAGGACAAGGACGGAGAUCUGUACAUCCGUUCUGUGUGCUUCUCGCCUGAUGGCAAACUGUUGGCCACCGGAGCCGAGGACAAGCGGAUCCGCGUCUGGGACAUUGAGAACAAGCGCAUCCGCACCACAUUCGACGGUCACGAGCAAGACAUUUACUCGUUGGAUUUCUCGCGGACUGGUCGAUUGAUCGCCUCGGGGUCUGGUGACAAGACUGUCCGAUUGUGGGAUAUUGAGUCGAACCAACAGGUCAUGGUCUUGUCGAUUGAAGAUGGCGUUACCACCGUGGCCAUGUCGCCCGAUGGGCGCUUUGUCGCUGCUGGUUCCUUGGACAAGAGCGUCCGCGUCUGGGAUUGUUCGACCGGGUAUCUCAUCGAACGCCUCGAAGGGCCCCAAGGCCACAAGGACAGCGUAUACUCGGUGGCAUUCUCUCCCAGUGGACGAGAGCUUGUCAGUGGUAGUUUGGAUAAAACGAUCAAGAUGUGGGAGUUGACACCUCAGCGUAACCUCAUCCCGUCCACCGCAAAGGACGGCAAAUGCAUCCGUACUUUCGAGGGACACAAGGACUACGUGCUCUCGGUCUGUCUUACACCUGGUGGUGAGUGGGUCAUGUCUGGAUCGAAGGAUCGCGGUGUGCAGUUCUGGGAUCCUACGACAGGAAACGCGCAAAUGAUGCUUCAAGGACAUAAGAAUUCCGUCAUCUCGGUGGCUCCAUGCCCGACUGGCCAGCUGUUUGCCACUGGGUCAGGAGACAUGAAAGCCAGGAUAUGGCAGUACACCACCUGGCGUGGGGCGCAUCAGGGGAUCUAGAAGGCAUCCGCCGACAAGCCCAACGUGAUAAUUUGGGGACCCAGGUGUGCUCCAAGGCGUGGUCGAAAACGUGGUCAAAGGAGGUCUCCGGAAUGGUGAUUGAGCAUGCCCAACCCCGACUUGACCUGGGGAUGAUUCUAUAGCUUCGGGAGAGUGUUCUGUGUCUUAAAAUUGGAUUUUGGUUGGGAGGACUUAUUGCAUGACUGGGCCCAAGGGCGUGGGAGGUUCGCAUGGGCCGGGAUCAGUCCUAGUAGUGUUCGAUCUAUUGAACGGGUUCCGGGGGCUGCUUGUCUGGAGUCUGCUUAGGUCCAGGAAUGGCUUAAGAUCAUACUACCUACCUACAUAGGUAGUAGUGCCCUGUUGGUACAGGUCUUUUUCAAAUCUACCCUGGACCUCAGUGGCAGGCAAUGACUAUCAUCCACCGAGAAAUGGUCCAUGUAUCCGGCAAUGCAACCUGAAUUGCAAGUACUGACUCGAUGUCUGAUAGAACAAGGUACCUAGGUAGGCAUGAGGUGAUUGAAUUACGUAGUACUGGCAGAAUGCUUCCCAGCCCAGUUGUUCCUGCUUUUUCAUCGUGAAGAGGGGGGGUCACUCAGCCGGGCAUUUCAAAGUGGCUCGGAGCCUGCCGAGCGGGCGCACCCGUCCCCG